AUGGGAGGAAGGGACCGGAUGCGCUGGAAGGAGCAGCCUCGCGCCGCCAUCUUGAGGGCGGCGACGGGCAGAAAUGGGCGUGGCUGGGUGCGGCGCUCCAGCUGCGAGGUGAUUGGACGAGGGGCAGGUGACGCUGCCAUAGGAAAGAGGCAGUCAGAGAAAGGAACUGGAGACGGCAGUAGGGCGCUGAAGUUUGCAUUCCUGUAAGUUGAAGCAGCCAUGGGGCGAGGUGUGUGUGUGUGUGCCAAGAAUUGUUUGCACGGGUUGGGGGGAUGCAUGCUGAAAUGCAAUGCAUGUUUUGCUCAUUGAGACUGCAUGAGGAAUUGGGCGUGGGUUUGUAAGGCGAGGCUGCAAACCCAGGCGCUUUGCUAACUAUUGUCAUCAUUGCUAUUUUUUUAACUUCUUGCCCACCCGAGGUGCCUAGAGAGAGUUGCAGCCAUGCAACAUGGAACUGGGCCUAAGCAAUUUGUUAAUUGUUAAUUUGGACUAGGAUCCCUUAGGAUCCCUUCCAACUCUACAACGUUGUGGUUAGCGUUGAAAUCCCAUUCUCCCUUUGUUGUUGUUGUUUAGUCGUUUAGUCAUGUCCGACUCUUCGUGACCCCAUGGACCAGAGCACGCCAGGCACUCCUGUCUUCCACUGCCUCCCGCAGUUUGGUCAAACUCAUGCUGGUAGCUUCGAGAACACUGUCCAACCAUCUCGUCCUCUGUCGUCUCCUCCUCCUUGUGCCCUCCAUCUUUCCCAACAUCAGGGUCUUUUCCAGGGAGUCUUCUCUUCUCAUGAGGUGGCCAAAGUAUUGGAGCCUCAGCUUCAGGAUCUGUCCUUCCAGUGAGCACCCAGGGCUGAUUUCCUUCAGAAUGGAUAGGUUUGAUCUUCUUGCAGUCCAUGGGACUCUCAAGAGUCUCCUCCAGCACCAUAAUUCAAAAGCAUCAAUUCUUUGGCAAUCAGCCUUCUUUAUGGUCCAGCUCUCACUUCCCUACAUCGCUACUGGGAAAACCAUAGCUUUAACUAUAUGGACCUUUGAGCAAACUCUGUUGAAAACAACGAGGCUUACCUCUGUGUAGACCUAUGCAGGUUUGCACUGAACUCAGAGGGACCAGGAGUUCUGAGCAAGCCUUAAGGUUGCACUGCCUCAUUGCCUUGUUAAUGGAUAACUGCAACCUUCGUCCCAGAAACACACUGAGGAAAUCACAUAAGGCAGUUGUUGGGUGAGUGACGGGAGCAUCCAGGUGAGGACGUUGUCCCCUCCAUCCCAGGAACCACAACCCCUAGAUUACAUUAAUUAUGCUAAUUUGUAGAAUCUGAGACAAGACAAAAUGUCUAGGUGCUAUUCUCCUCAUUUUUGUGUGUCAGAAAUUAGCCUACUGCCCCUACACUUUCAGUGUGAGGCUAAGGCUGCAAUCCUAAUCCCAUUUAGCUGAAAGUAAAUCCCAUUGAAUUUAAUAGGAUAUGCGUCUGAGCAAAGCUGCAAAUGGGAGAACAUGAUAGCGGUUUGUAUAAAUUAGUGGUUGGAGGAAAAUGGUAAUUUAGGUGCUAAAUGCAAACCCAGCAAUGUGUUGUUCUUUUAUUGGGUGUAUGAUUAAUGGAACAGUGUCAGGCUGCUGAGUUUCGUAACUGUCUUAGUCAGAGAGAAUGGAAAGGGAACAAGAUUUCAGAGAGCAGCUGGGAAAAAUAGACAUGUUGAAAGCUUGGGAAAUGUGCAGCUUUGAAAAUGGACUAUUUGCACAACUAGGUUUCCAGUUACUCAGGAUGCAGCCUCACAUAACAUGAGCGUUGCCUGUAUCCCAAACAGUAGCUGAAAAGGUAUAUUGUAAAAAGCCUGUGCAAACACUCACAGCUUGUAUUUAAUCACUAAACUUAUGUGUUCAUUAACAGACCUUGUAAGCUGUUCUGGGGUGUACUCUGAUCUCUCCACAGCUUAGCUGUUCAGUUUGCUACAUGA